AUGGCUGAAGCCGGACUCUUCACCGACGACCUCGUCUCCCCCACCGUCGCCGCUGCUCUUCCCGAGGGCUACAUCGUGCGUGCUCUUCGUCAAUCCGACUACAACACAGGUUUCCUCGACUGCCUGCGUGUCUUGACCACCGUUGGUGAGAUUGGCGAGGCCCAAUUCGCGGAACGCUACCAAUGGCUGUCCAAGAGUGACGGAUACUACAUUCUUGUCAUUGAGGACACAAAUACCAAGACCGUUGUCGGAACCGGCGCCUUGAUCGUCGAGCGCAAGUUCAUCCAUAACCUUGGUCUCGUCGGCCACAUCGAAGACAUUGCCGUUGCAAAGGAUCAGCAGGGCAAGAAGCUCGGCUUGCGCAUCAUCCAGGCUCUAGAUUUCAUCGCAGCCAAGGUCGGUUGCUACAAGAGCAUCCUUGACUGUAGCGAGGCCAACGAGGGCUUCUACGUCAAGUGCGGCUUCAGGAGAGCCGGGCUCGAGAUGGCCCACUACUACGAGGGAGACAAGAGUAAGGCCCAACCACCUGAUCGGUCCGGGCCCGGGGUCGGCUCCAUGCUAGAGACACCAGAUGCUAGAUCAGACGAGCGCCAAGCUCGCUUCCGAAGAGACAAGAAGAACGACGUAAUGAAGAAUAGAAACCCAUCAACCACCUGCAUCCUUCUUCCUUAA